CGUUACUUGUAUUCCUGAAGCGUAGUUUUGCGUCUGGGACAGAAGGGUUGGGUUUUGGAAUAAUGGAAUAGUAUUAAACACGCCAACAUUUAUUUCAUCUUCAGACCCUGCAAAUAACCACUUUUCCUCCAAUCCCCUUUCUACACCUGUUCACUACGGAAAAGAUAUUUCACGUGAUGCUCCCCUCCCACGUCACCACAAAGUGGACCCCACUCCUCUCCCUCCUCCUCCUCCUCCUCCUCCUCUGUCUUCUUUUCUGCACCUGACCCGUCGUUUUCAGAGCCACUCUCUCAUUCCUACUUAUACUACAAUACUCUUCCUUACUACACUGUUUUUUCUUCACUACUACUAACCAUGCCCUCGUCUUAUGCCUCGCCCUGUGUCCCUCCACGACUCCGCCGUGGCGCUAGACCACGUGGCGGUGGCCGUGGCCGUGGUGGUUUUUCUCGCCCCCGCGAUCCCUCUUCCCGGCUCCUCCCUGCAGACGAAGCACGAAACGGUGACGCUAUUAACUUCGAGGCGUACGAGUCCGUACCGGUGGAGGCUAGUGGGAAGGACGUGCCUGCGCCGGUGAACACCUUCAAUGAAGCGGACUUGGACGAAGGCUUGAAGAGGAACAUCGAGCGUUGCAAGUACGUGAAGCCCACGCCAGUUCAGCGCCACGCGAUUCCCAUCGUGAGUGCGGGACGCGACCUUAUGGCGUGCGCACAGACUGGUUCGGGCAAAACGGCUGCGUUUUGCUUCCCCAUUAUAUCUGGGAUUUUGAAGGGUCGUUAUCGUUCUGGGUUUUCAUCAAUGCCAUCUCCUGGUGCCGCUAUUGCAUACCCCGCCGCACUUAUUCUUUCUCCUACCAGGGAGUUAUCAUGCCAGAUACGCGACGAAGCCAAUAAAUUCGCGUAUCAAACUGGAGUGAAGGUUGUGGUUGCCUAUGGUGGGGCUCCUAUUACUCAGCAGCUGCGCCUUUUGAAGAAAGGUGUUGAUAUAUUGGUUGCGACUCCUGGGCGUUUGGUGGAUAUUAUUGAAAGAGAAAGGGUUUCGUUGACAAAGAUAAAGUAUCUUGCUUUGGAUGAGGCUGAUCGUAUGUUGGACAUGGGUUUUGAGCAUCAAAUACGUAAGAUUGUGGAGCAAAUGCAUAUGCCCCCGCCGGGUAUUAGACAGACAUUGUUGUUUAGUGCCACGUUUCCUAAUGGUAUACAGAAGCUAGCAUCGGACUUUUUAUCCAACUACAUAUUCCUGUCUGUUGGAAGGGUUGGAUCGAGUACUGAACUGAUUGUGCAGAAGAUUGAGCCUGUACAGGAUAUGGACAAAAGGGACCAUCUUAUUAAACAUCUACGACGUCAAAGUGUGCAUGGGUUCAAUGGGAAGCAUGCUUUGACUCUUGUAUUUGUUGAAACUAAGAGAGGAGCGGAUGUUUUGGAAGGUUGGUUGUUGAGAAGUGGCUUUUCAGCUGUUGCCAUACAUGGUGACAAAGUUCAAAUGGAAAGGGAACGGGCUUUAAGAUCCUUCAAAUCUGGUGUGACUCCCAUUUUGGUUGCAACUGAUGUUGCUUCACGGGGUUUGGAUAUCCCGCAUGUGGCUCAUGUUAUAAACUUUGACUUGCCCAGAGACAUUGAUAACUACGUACAUAGAAUUGGAAGAACAGGCCGUGCAGGCAAAUCUGGUUUAGCUACUGCCUUCUUCAGCGAUAAGAAUAGCCCUAUUGCAAAGUCGCUUAUAGGACUCUUGCAGGAAGCAAAUCAAGAAGUUCCAUCUUGGCUCAACCAAUAUGCAGAGGGUUCAUCAUCUGGUGGGGGUAGUCAAGGCUAUGGAGCUCAGCGUUACAGCAGUGGUGGGAGUUAUGGUGGUCGUGAUUUCCGAAAUGUUAUUGAAGCAGAGGUGGAGAAUAACAACUGUUACAGUACAAAUGUCAAUGCAGAUCAUGCUGUAGAGUCUUAUUACACUGCUGAUGAUGCCUCCUAUGACAUCCAAAACUCCAACAUAGAUUCCUCUUUUGACACUUUGAAUAUUGCAUCUGCGGGCAGUUAUUAUAAUCACACUGAUUUUUGUGAGUUGAAUGGAGCUGGUAGGGUUGAAGAAGAUGGGCCUCUUGGUUAUGCAUCUAUUGUUGCCACUGGAUGGGACUAGACUUGUAUAGUUGUUCGCUGCAUCUUUUUUGCUUUAGCGGGGUACCCUACCUUAUAUAUGUAUAUAUACUGGCCUAAUAGUAAUUUUGGAGGGAAAUUGCUAGUCUUUCAAGUAGUAAACAUUUGUAUGUUUUACACUAUGCUGCGUGUCUCUACUGGUUCUAUGGCUACUACGAUGAUAUU